AUGGCUGAACUUUAUGAUCUUUUGUUUCAAUGGUUUCAAACCCACCAGUCCCCUCCUGUUGCCAUUAGCUUUCGUGGUUAUCCAUGCUCAUUCAACAUUGUCAAUGACGCGACGCUCCAGAAUUUCACUGCAAGAUCUCUUUUACCUAGUAUUAGAAGUUGGGAGCAUCAUUUUCAAUACGUUUUUGGAGAAGAUAGUGAUAAAAUGGAGAUCAGUAAGGAAUUUACUAACCAUGACCGAAUCUGGGCUGUAGGACCAUUGUUGCCCAUUAAAGCUACCAACAACGAGAAAGGUGCACCGAGUUCUAUACCAAGAGGUCAAGUCAUUGAAUGGCUAGAUUCUUGUAAUCGAGACAACUCGGUAGUGUUAAUUGGUUUUGGAACCCAGAUCUCCUUGACCAAACUGCAAAUGGAAGCAGUAGCAUCGUCAUUGGAAGAGAGUAGGUUUCAUUUCAUUUGGGGUAUCAAGGGUGACUCUCAAAAUCUGGUCCCCUUGGGUUUCGAAGAGCGUUUGGCAGGAAAGGUACUAAUGAUCAAAGGGUGGGUUCCUCAACAUGCUAUUAUGGAGCAUUGA